AUGGCCCUAAUAAGAGUUCCAUUUCUCUCUGGUAAAUCUUCCACACAUCCCCAGAAUCUAAUCAGUUUCAUUAAACUUAUUGUGUAUUUGUUCACACCAGAUUCAUUUGCAAAUAAAGAAGCUUGUUUGAAAACCGUAACGUCAGAAGAUAUUGAACAUUUAAGAAGUGCUAUAGAAGAUCAUUAUUACUUUGAACUUGUCUUAGGUAUGUUCAGCGUCUGUCUUUUAAAAGGGCUGUAAAAAUACAGGCUAGGGAGUAAAGGACAGGGGCGCAAUGAAUCUCUCUCCUUGCUCCCGUUAGGCAUAUGGUCAAAACUGGCUGUCCAGGCAAAUAAUUAGGGUGUUAGCCAGAAGUAAAAAAAAUCCGCGUUUACCUGAAAUUGGGAAAUUUAUUUUAGCCUGAAGCCGGGCAUUUCUUUGUGGGGGUCUGGGGACAUGCGGUUGCUCCCUCUCGAUUUUUAAAAUAUUUGUGUCUUUGAAAUGGCAUUUCCCGCAUUUUGGGAGUGAUUUUGAGCCAAUGUAGUUUUUAACAUGUUUCUAAUGGCGUAUUAACAACAUUGAAUUUCUAUAACUAUUUUUUGGCUGACCCAAAUUGGGAAAUUGCGACCUCAAGAUAAUUGGGAAAACCGCGUUUAACGCAGAAUUUUUGACUGUAGCUAACACCCUGACAGGUUAGGAAGAAAAGCUGCCCACAAUCCUGUCGUAUACCCAUCCUUGAUAUACAGUUUCUCGUAUUUCUAGAUGAUAUUCGUCUCCAUGGGUUUGUUGGUCAUUUCAGUGAAGGCCAUCUUUUGCCUCAUACACACAGUGUGCAGUUAUUCACUCACUUACACUUCUAUGUUGCUCACAAUGGACAAAAGGUAAGUACCAGCCGUAGUCCGGCUGGCAGGGCUCAAAAUAAUGGGAGAGAGGUAUCCGGUCAAAACGACCGGUCAACUUGAUUAUAGCUCGGUCAAAAUCUGUUUUUGACUGGUCAUUGAUACGCUUACACUAACAGUUAAACAAACUGUUACAAACUUGUUUCGAUACAUCAUAGUUUCAGGUUUUAUUUCAAGGCAUCCGCAAUCACGUUGGACGGCAUGAAAAUGUGGUCGGUCCAAAUGACCGGUGAGGUAAAAAAGUGACCGGCCAAGCGGCAUUUUUGGCCGGUCAUUGUCCGUUGACCGGCCGUUAUUUUGAGCCCUGAUUGUACUGUGCUACAGCAACUGUCUAGUCACAUAUAAUUGAUAAAAUGCCGAAAUAAAUUUAUAAACAAAAGAUAAUGUAAAACGUAACAGAACGGCAAACAUGCAAAUUUGGCCAUCUCAAAUAAUGGUAAUGUUGGGAUGGUAGCGUUGGAAACUGCAGAGGAGAGUGGGCAGUAAGGUUCCCUCAUGCACCACCCCCAUGAAAUCCUUCACGUAGGCUCGUAUAUUAAAUGAAAAGUGAACUGGAAUUGUGUAAUCAAGUGCGAGGUUUUCACUGUGGAAAUUCAUUGCCAAGAUUCAAGUGACUUUUCGAAAUUGUGCUGAUACAAUGAUAUUAAUUUUGUGUCUGCAUCCAUACUUAUUUCCAAGCCAAACUGAACUCAAAGUCAUCGGACAUCACAAUACAUAUGUCCGACUAGCCUGCAUGGCAGGCGGUCCCUAAAAUCGGUCAAGCCUGGGAAAAUACCACCUGCCAUGCAGGCUAAUGUCCGACCGAAACUCAAAAGUCAUCGAACAUUUUGUCAGACGGUUCUCUCGAUAUUUUAAGGCCUGAUCAAGGCUGCCUUUUGUAUGCCAAAACCAUAGAAUUAUUUUUGUACACUUGUCAAGUUUUCCUUGAGGGCCGUACACACGAACAAAUCUUUCUUGUCCAAAAGCUGGCAUGGAACAAGGCUCUUUGGCAAAGGAAAAAUUGUCGAUUUUUUUGCCGUACACACUUGCCAAGGAAAACUUGCUCUGCUCGUUUUUAUGGGGCUUACAGUAUAACCGGCUUAAAUUUUUUUGUGUAGAUUAUAUUUGCAAAUGUGACGACUGGUUCGCCCGAAUUGUUGCCUGAAAAUGGUGACCUGAAAGAGAUCCAGUUUACAUAUGGAGUUCAGUUCGUUGCGACAACGUAAGUCGAAUGUAGAGACCAGAAUCUGGGCGCGAUAUUUCAAGAUUUUUAGCUGUUUCUCUAUGGUAGACGACCGGCUGCCAACUGGCAUUUUCUCUUAGCUUACACAUUGGUCAACAAGACAGCUCUAAUGUUGGCUUUAUAGCCGUAAAUUUGAGAAUUUUAAAAUUUUGCAAAAGACAUGUAAGCGAGUAGUGCGAAUUGUCAAGCCGGUUUUGAGUUAAAGCGAGGGCCUUUUAUUGUUAGAUUGGUGUUCACCCUCAAUAAAUAUUGUUAUUCAUUCAUCGAGCUUAAAGUUGUGUACUUUCCAUUUAUCUGAGCGUUAAAAGCUCAAAAUCGGCAACGAAAAUCAUAUUAUACUCGCGAGUUUUGUCAACUCUCAUCCCCCGUUCAAAUGAGAACAAGAGUCGCAUGAGAAUUGAUGAGAGGUGAGAAGCGGGAGUUUGCAUGGGAGUUGAUGAGAGUUUAGAAGCGAGAGUUUGCACGAGAGUUUUCUCAACUCUUAUGCCCCGGUCAAACGAGAACAAGAGUUGCAUGAGAGUUGAGAAGCGAGAGUUUGCAUGAGAGUUUUCUCAACUCUCAUGUCCCUGUCAAACGAGAACAAGAGUCGCAUGAGAUUUGAUGAGAGUUGAGAAGCCAGAGUUUGCAUGAGAGUUUUCUCAACUCUCAUGCCCCUGUCAAACGAGAACAAGAGUCGCACGAGAUUUGAUGAAAGUUGAGAAGCGAGAGUUUGCAUGAGAGUUUUCUCAACUCUCAUCCCCCGGUCAAACGAGAACAAGAGUUGCAUGAGAAUUGAUGAGAGUUGAAAAGCGAGAGUUUGCAUGAGAGUUGAUGAGAGUUUAGAAGCGAGAGUUUGCAUGAGAGUUUUCUCAACUCUCAUGCAUGCCCCGGUCAAACGAGAACAAGAGUUGCAUGAGAAUUGAUGAGAGUUGAAAAGUGAGAGUUUGCAUGAGAGUUGAUGAGAGUUUAGAAGCGAGAGUUUGCAUGAGAGUUUUCUCAACUCUCAUGCCCCUGUCAAAUGAGAACAAGAGUCGCAUGGGAGUUGAUGAGAGUUGAGAAGCGGGAGUUUGCAUGAGAGUUAGUCUCAACUCUCAUGCCCCUGUCAAACCAUAAACGAGAACAAGUGUCUCACGAGAUUUGAUGAAAGUUGAGAAGCGAGAGUUUGCAUGAGAGUUUUCUCAACUCUCAUGCCCCGGUCAAACGAGAACAAGAGUUGCAUGAGAAUUGAUGAGAGUUGAAAAGCGAGAGUUUGCAUGAGAGUUGAUGAGAGUUUAGAAGCGAGAGUUUGCAUGAGAGUUUUCUCAACUCUCAUGCCCCUGUCAAAUGAGAACAAGAGUCGCAUGAGAGUUGAUGAGAGUUGAGAAGCGGGAGUUUGCAUGAGAGUUAGUCUCAACUCUCAUGCCCCUGUCAAACCAUAAACGAGAACAAGUGUCUCACGAGAUUUGAUGAAAGUUGAGAAGCGAGAGUUUGCAUGAGAGUUUUCUCAACUCUCAUGCCCCGGUCAAACGAGAACAAGAGUUGCAUGAGAAUUGAUGAGAGUUGAAAAGCGAGAGUUUGCAUGAGAGUUGAUGAGAGUUUAGAAGCGAGAGUUUGCAUGAGAGUUUUCUCAACUCUCAUGCCCCUGUCAAAUGAGAACAAGAGUCGCAUGAGAGUUGAUGAGAGUUGAGAAGCGGGAGUUUGCAUGAGAGUUAGUCUCAACUCUCAUGCCCCUGUCAAACCAUAAACGAGAACAAGUGUCUCACGAGAUUUGAUGAAAGUUGAGAAGCGAGAGUUUGCAUGAGAGUUAGUCUCAACUCUCGUGCCCCAGUCAAACGAGAACAACUUUACAACAUUUCGCGGUCAAACUUUGCCAAUUUUACUAAUUUUAGCAUGCUCUUUCUAGCUGUGGUGAUGGAUUUUGUUCUUCUUGCCUACAGUAGAUCAUAAUUUAGUUUAUAGCUGGAAUUGCCUAUUGGCUAACAAAGUAAUCCACUAAUGACAACGCGCAGAACAGCACAAAAAUCCUAAUCUUCUUAAUUUUUUGUAGGAUAAAAGAGCGCACGAAGAAUUUGGAAGGUGAUUUCUUUCCACAAAGCUUGGAGGUAUAUGUGUAUGUGCUACAAAAUCAGUGCAGUCGAACCUCUCCUAGGCGGACA